AUGUCUAAAGAAGAUUUUUCAAAAAUUUAUGAUAAAACAAGGGAGUUAUGCUUUGACAAAAAUGAAUUUCUCAAGGAAUCAUUUUCGGUAGAUUCCUUCCUUAGGGAACAUAGAAAUAAAGCGAGUUUGGAGGUGAUGAGAGAUGAUUUAGGUUUUCAUCUUAAAUCAUUGAGAUUGUCUAUGAUAGAAUUAAUAAAUAAAGAUUAUGAAGAUUUUGUUAACUUAUCAAAAGAUUUAAUUGGUUUGGAUGACAAAAUUCAAAAAUUACAAACACCCUUGGAGCAAAUCAAAAGUGAAGUUUUGGCAGUUAAAAAUGAUUUCGAAGAAGCAAUUUCUGGUUUUGAUAAUUGCUUUGCUCAACAUAAAGAACUAAUACAUAAAAAAAAAAGUUUAAUACAUGUUUCUCAAGUAAUGAGAAGUGUUAAAAAACUAAACAAUAUAUUUAAUAAUAAUAAUAAUAAUAAUAAUAAUUUAAAUCAAAAUGAUUUUACAUUAAAUUUAAUAGAAAGGGCGACAAUGGAAUAUAAUCAAUUACAGUUUUCAGUAUCAAAGUGUAAUAAUGAUUUACUUACCAAUCAAAAACAAGAAGCAGAAAAUAUAAGAAAACAAUUAAUGACCAUAUUAAGCAAUAAAUUUAUAGAAUGUUUAAAAAAAAAAAAUAUUAACGAAUUACUCAAGUGUUUGAGAAUAUAUGGGAGUUUGGAUAAAACGACAGAGUUAGAAGAAUUGGUUAAACAAGAAGUCAUAGCUCCUAGAUUAUCAACCAUUAUCACAGAACAAAAACUACAAAAAGAACCUGAAGGAAUAGAUGAAAUAUUUAAUGAAGUGAUACAUUUUAUUGAUAGAGAAUUAGGAGACUUGAUACAAUUAACAACGUGUAAAAAUAAUUCUCCCACAGUGAAGGGUUAUAAUUUUAUGUUGAGAAGUUUUUGGCCUGAAUUAGAAAAAAAAUUAAAUUUACCUUUUAUGUUUGCAUUAGGAGACCCUAAAUUAUUUCAUUCUAGAUAUACAAAAUUAAUAAAUCUAUUGAAAAAUUUAGAAUCGUAUUGCGGAAAUGAAUCUGAUGUAUUAGUUUUCAAACGAAAUGAAAAAUAUCAGUGUUUUUUACAAAAGUUUAAUUUACCUGUUUAUUUUAAAAUCAGAUUUCAAGAAAUAGCGGGUCAAUUAGAAAAACAUUUAGAUGAUGUAAAUAAUGAUGAAAAUGAUGUAUAUAAUUUAAAAAUAUCAAAUGUUAUUAUGGAACAGAUAAAAAAAUGUUGGGAAAAUGAUGUUUACCUACCCGAAAUAUCUCAUUUGUUUUGGAAAUUGAGUUUACAAAUCACAUCGAGAUAUUCAAUUUGGUUAUGGGAUAUCAUGUGUAAAGAAUCGGAAAAUAUAAAUAAUCGUAAAUUAGAAUUAUUAAAUGUCGUCAAUAUUGGAAAUGUCGUCGCGAAUACGGAAAGUUUUCAAACACAAUCAAGACUGGAUUUUCUCGUGUGCCUUUAUAGCGAUACAAGUAAAUUAAUUGAAGAAAUUGAGAUUUUUCUAGAAGGUUGCAAGGGGAAAAUUCCCAAUCGUCACUUGGUAGAGGAAGAAUUGAGUACGAGUUUAAAAGAAUCGUUGACUUUGGUCGAAGGUGUCGUGCCCAAGAUGGCCGACAGCAUCGUUAAAGUAAUCGUGACGGAAAGUUCGGUUCAUUUUCGACAAGUGAGUCAAAUACCCAGAUUGUUCAGGAGAACGAAUCGUAAAAGUUCGACGGAACCCUGCGAAUACGUCGGACAAGUUUUAAAUUAUCCUAAAAAAUUUUACGAACGUAAAAGACAUUUAGUGACGGACGAAAGGAUAGAAACGUGGUUGAGUCAGGUAUUUAACGAUUUGACGCAACAAUAUUUCACGGCCGUGAACGAAGUUUUAACGAACGCGCAAAAAACGGAGGAAAGCCUGAGAAAAUUGAAGAGAAAAAGGGAGAACUUAUCGAGUAAGAACAACAGCGGAGAUGAAGAAAUACGACAGCAACUCGUUAUUGACGUUCACAGUUAUUCGGACGGUUUAAAAGAAUUUAAUUUACCGUUAAAUAAUGUUAAUAUGUUAAAAGAACUUGUGAAUCUCGUCGAAUCGGCGAGAGAUAAAUCAGAAAAGCAAUAA